UGCUCACUCAAAUCGCUGUUGCUCACUUUCAGCUUCUCUUCCUUGGCCGGCGAAGCUUCUUUGACACCUCUCUAUAGCCUCACAUCAUUAAUCAUUGACCACGAAGCAUCUAACUACGAUUUUGUUACUCGUAACGACGUCACUUCCAUCCCAGCUUGGUUGAUAAUUGCCCUCUCCAUGGCUCCACCCAGAUCUAGCCGGGUACGGCCUUCCGAAGUCGCAGCCGAUACCAAAAGGAAUUUCAUCCCACUUGUCAAGAACAACUACGGCGACAUCUUUCCACCUUACUCCUACCUUUAUCGGCAACCUAUAGCACAGCUCACCAUUCAGCGUUCAAAACCUAGUACCCGGCCGCCCUCCUUCAGAAUCGAGGUUGGCGAUCCGGUCAUGAAGGCCCUUGCCUACGCUGCAAUGGAUACGCAAGCGAGCGAGGCAGUCGGUGGCCCCCGUGUGCGAAUUCCUUUCAUCUGUGCCGCCAAUGAACAAAGACCUGGGGGAGAUUGGGAGAUUGGUCGUGCCGGAUAUGAAGAGAAGCUUUGCCGACGAAGUAACCUCUCAGCCACUCUCAACACACCCUGGCCCAAUUCGCCGGAACCAAACAACUACCCCAUCCCAUCGCAGGGCGGCAUCCUGUCCGAUGUUGUCGUAGUUUGUCGCGGGCCUCAUGACCGCUACGAUAGGUUGGACAGCUGGUUUGACCUACCUGUUGUGUCGGUUCCACCAACCCGGUGGCCGAAACUCAAGAACAACGGCCAUAAGUAUUCCUUUGCGGAGGAGCGCGAGAUGACUCGCGACAAGCUCCGUGGUGCGCUCCGUAUCUGCCUCUACAAUGGAUAUGAUCGUGUGGUCAUUGGCGACUUUGGCUUGGGCAGCGGUUAUCGCAACCCACCUCAAGAGUUGGCGGAGCUUUGGCGGGAUGUCUUUCUAUUUGACCCGGAUCUUCGCGGUCAGUUUGCCUAUGUGGUUUUCGUAUUCGAGAACCCCCUUCAAAGCACGACGCGCUAUAUUCUCGAUGGGAUCACCAAGAACGAGAGUGGCUCCAAAGCCAAGCCUCGGGCUGGAUCGUCGAGUUCAUCGAGUUCAAGCAAGGACGAUGGCAGCGCUCCCACCGAUCGACACAUCUUCGAGCAAGUCUUCAGCCCUGCUGAGGUUGACCGAGUGCUUCGGCAACCCGAUCCCCGGUAUGGACUCGGCAUGAUCACGACGUGA